AUGAAAUCUGAUUCAUCAUCCGAAACAAAUGAGGCACGUGAAGCAUUAGAAUGUUUAAAUGAUUUAUCACAAUUAUUAAAUACUGGAUUAGAUAAAAAAACUUUAACAUGUUGUAUCAGACUAUUGGAAAGUGGUGUACAUCCAGAUGCAUUAGCACAAAUAAUUCAACAGUCAGUCAACUAUAAUAAAACAAUGCGUUCAUCAUCAUUAGAUUAUCAUCGUUCAUCCUCUUUACAUCAUAAUAAUAGUGGUCCCAGUCUUCAUAAUUCAACAGGAUACGAUAGUUAUAAUCACACAUCUGGUGGAGCAUCAGAUAGACAGCAAUUCAAGGAUAAUUAUCAAAAUAGAUAUGCAUGGUUAGAAAAAAAUCAUGUAAAUGAAGUUGGUUCAACGUACAAUCGAUUAGGUAAAACUGUUGGUCAUAAACCAAGUUUCUGGCGAUGUGAAGAUCAAGCAAUUGCUGGAAAAGAAUUUCAACGCUUGAAUGAUGAAUGUGCCGAUAAAAUUUGGGACAUACGGGAUAAAAGUGAUAUGUCGAGAGAAUGGCUUCUUGAUGCUGAUGGUGUUGCACCACGAUUUUAUCAAAUGGAAGCCGAUGCCGUAAGAUGA